AAUUUGCGGGAAGGGAGAUACAAACUGGGGUGUAAAAAGCUGAAAUCAUGUUGUUACCAACUCGCCAAUCCAUCUGCUAGAAAGUAUUAGAAUUUUCGAUUAGUCCUAGAAAGCUAAUUUCUGCGAGAGAUAGAGAGAGAGACAGAGAGACAGAGAGAGACAGCAAUGAGUGCCAUGAGAGCGGUAGCAUUUUCACCAUCAAAUCAAUGGUACGAUAAAAUCCAAACCCAUUUCUCAAACCACCCAAACAGAGCAAUCAACACAAACCCACAUCUUCAAUUCAACAACAACACCCAAAACCAAUCCAAUAGAAGAAACCUAUUUCCCUGUUUCUCCACAGAUGCAUCAAAAACUCCAAACCCACCAACCCCUCUCACCAUCACAAGCUCACCUCUUGUUGUAGUGGGCUCAGCCAAUGCAGACAUCUAUGUGGAGAUUGACAGGCUGCCCAAAGAAGGCGAGACCAUUUCAGCCAAGAAUGGCCAGACCCUGGCUGGUGGCAAAGGCGCCAACCAGGCUGCCUGUGGAGGCAAGCUUUCUUACCCAACAUACUUUGUGGGUCAGGUGGGUGAAGAUGCCCAUGGGAAGCUGAUCACUGAGGCUCUGCAGAGUGGUGGGGUCCACCUUGAUCACUUGAGUGCUGUUUCUGCUGCACCCACUGGGCAUGCUGUGGUGAUGUUGCAAUCUGAUGGGCAAAACUCCAUCAUCAUUGUUGGUGGUGCCAACAUGCACUGCUGGCCUGAGAAGCUUUCUGAUGGGGAUUUGGAGGUUGUGAGGAAUGCUGGGAUUGUUUUGCUUCAGAGGGAGAUCCCAGAAUCGGUCAACACUCAGGUUGCAAAGGCUGCCAAGAGUGCAGGCGUACCAGUCAUUUUGGAUGCUGGAGGAAUGGAUGCACCAAUCUCCCAGGAAUUAUUGAACUUUGUUGAUAUUGAACAGAUUAGUCAUGCUGUGGUGAAAUUUCAUAAAAUGGGUGUUAAGCAAGUCCUAGUGAAGCUUGGGUCCAAAGGGUCUGCUCUAUUUGUAGAAGGUGAAGAACCAAUUAAACAAUCUGUCAUCUCUGCUGCAAAAGUACUCGAUACAACUGGAGCUGGUGAUACGUUUACUGCCUCUUUUGCAGUGGCUCUUGUGGAGGGCAAGUCCAAAAGGGAGUGCUUGAGAUUUGCGGCUGCGGCAGCUUCUCUUUGUGUUCAAGUGAAAGGAGCCAUUCCUAGCAUGCCAGAGAGAAAAACAGUUUUGAAUCUUCUUCAGUCUCAUUAAGGAUAGCUUGUAUCUAAGAUAGGUACAAUAAAUUUUCAACAUGCUUGAUGGAUGUUGCCUUUCAAAAUGUAUGCCUUUAUAAACAGACCCAAAACUGCCAAACAAAGAAGCUUGCAGAUGGCACACUUUGAAGUGACUCCUACAAGUCCAGAGGUUACUCCUAAAAGCGCAGAGAUUACAAAAACCAUUCAUUUCAAGGCAAAGAUUUUAGUCGGAGGAUGCGGGAGCAAUGUGGGAUGUGAGAGAACGUUCAACGUUGAACCAUGACCGUUCGAACGUACUCACAUCCCACAUUAGAGAGUUCGUUGGAGGAAUAUAUACUCACGUUCUAUGCCAUGCCCCUCUGGAGGAAUAUGUUAUUCCCACAAACAAGUCCUAUCAGCACCGAAUAUGAACAAAGUCGGAGCAACCAGAACCAGAUAUGGUUGAAAAAGAACCAAAAAAAAAAAAAAA